GUCUGUUUUUUUUUUUUUUUCUCUCUGUGUUUCACUGCCAUCUCUCUACUAUUUGUCGAACCAGAAAGAGUGACAGGGUGGCUCACUAACUUACUCAGCUCACAUAUAUCAAUCUUUCUUCGACACCUUUAGUCUCAGAUUUUGUCAUCACUUCUUCAUUACACUUUUACAUAUAUGUAUAUAUUUUCAGGAGUUCUUUUUCCUAUUUGCUCUUUAGUCUUUUUCAACAGUUAAAACUUCACUCCUCUUGCCACUACUCAAAGAGAUUUCAGUUCUUCGUUGUGAGAAUUUGUAAAAUAUGGAGUCCGAGAAUGCUAUUGUGUUGAAGCAUGAAAGUGUCUCCGAGGAAAUUAAUCCUGAAGAAUCUGCUUCAGCACCAAGAAAAGAAGAAAAAAUUGCUGCUAAUGGUCAAGUGCCUAUUAAUGCCAAUGGCACAACUGAGCAUGUUGCAAAUGUUGAUGCCAAUGCAAAUGUUUCUGAGACAAAACUCUCAAAUUCCUUGAAGGAAUUGGCUACUCCCAGUUCAAAGAAUAACAAAAUGUCAAAGGAUAAGCCUAAUUUGAAAAGCACUGCUUCAUUUUCUCGUCACCAGAAGCCAUCACUUUCUCAAAGUCUUUCAUUUCCAGCAAAAGGAGUUCGUGCUGAUAACAUGAAAAUGAGUAUUGAUGGACACCCAACGAAAACAAUGUCCAAACAUGCCAAAGAUGAUGGCAGAAAAGGCCAGGUCAAUUCAAAUGGUUCAGGCACUUCGCUGUCCUGUUUAACUCAGCCGAGCAGGCGUCUAUCCACUGGAGUGCACUCAAAGGAAUCAAGUGGAAAUGAUACUAAAGCUAUCUCCAGGAGGACUACUUUAGCAACAAUGCCAAGCAAACAAAAGGCUAUGCAGCCUGUGAAGCUGAGUUCUUUGAAUGAAUCCACCAAUUCCCUGCCUGCUGAAGUUUCUGAGUUAGCUGAUAACAAUUUAAUGCUUGAAACGACCACAUUGCCAAGCAAAGAAGAUGAUGACAUUCAUUCAACUACUUCAACUGCCACUCCUUGCUCACGGAGAACUAGUGGUUCUGGCUUUUCCUUCAGGUUGGAUGAACGUGCAGAAAGGCGGAGGGAGUUUUUCUCGAAGCUGGAAGAGAAGAUCCAUGCCAAGGAAAUGGAGAAAAAUAAUCUGCAGGCAAAGUCACAGGAGAACCAGGAAGCAGAGAUCAAGCAACUAAGGAAGAGCUUGACAUUUAAAGCUACACCCAUGCCAAGUUUUUACAAAGAGCCUCCUCCAAAAGUUGAACUGAAAAAGAUACCUACUACCCGUCCAAUAUCACCAAAGCUCGGAAGGAACAAAGGCUUAACUGCUUCAAUGAACGGCUCCAUAGAAGGUGGUGGGUCUUCUCUUAGCCCGCGAUCUUCUCAUAGUCCACGUCUUGUGAACCAAGAAUCAAACAAGUCAACCAAGAGAACUCAAAGAAAUGGUAACAAAGAUGCAGUUGCUUCAAAGACAUCAAUCAAGAAGUCUCAACCUAAGCUUCAGCCUCGGCAAAGUGUGGCCAACGGAAUAUCAAAACCAAAGCCAGCAGAGGCAGAGAACCAAAACCCUGAAGCAUAUGCUGGAAUAGCUGAAGAAAGCCAUAUUAAUUCUGUGAACCUUCCUAUAAGUGAGAAUAGAGUUGAAACCAUGCCUGAAAAGAAUCCUUCUCAGGAUGUCAAGGAACUGGUUUUGAGUUCUCCCAACCCUGAGAUUAUGCCCCCAGAAGUCAUAGUUGGAGGUUGAGGCUUGAGAACAUUAUUGUUACUAUAUCUUGUAUCUAUAGAUUUUGAUGUUCAAAAUUCCAUGUUGUUGUGAAUAUAUUGUUGUAUUUUGGGGUAUGACAUUUUUUUGGAAUACUAUAUAUUGUAAACCAGUAAGAGUAACAUAAACCAAUUCAUUAGGCUCCA